UGUGUGUGUGUGAGAGAGAGAGAGGGGUUUAUUUAAUGCGGUGCACGCAACACAGACAGCAGACACCAAGCGAAGCACAUGAGCAGAGAAACCUCGUAAUGCGUCAGCUGACAACAGAGGAUCUGAAGAACCUGGAAGUAGACCUUAAAAACUACUUCCCACAGUCGCUGCAGGCAUAUGGAUCCAUUGUGCUGCGGAACAGAACAGGGCAGAGAGCUGAUCCUGUUAUCGUGCUUGUUGACCAGUGGCCAGAGUUCAGAGUUUUACUCAUUAAACCAGAAUAUCGUGAGAAAGGAGAUUCUUUCAAAGACAUGACUGUUUUCUCCAAAAACGAUGAUUACCUUAGAGACCUGCUGGCACAGAGAGAUGUCAUUGACUGGAAGAAGUUCAUUUGUUUGGCUGCUGAGCUUAAGCAUGAGAAAAUUAUGGAAGUUGUGGCAGAAAACAGAGGUGUACCUGUGAAGAAAGAGGCAGUGUGCCACAUGUUGGUCCUACAAGAUCUAUCAAAACUUCCAGCGUUUGAUAGUUUAUCACUGAAGAUUUCCUCCCUCAAUGAGUCUCAUCUUGAACUAGUCAACAGUAACUGGAAGUUUGGCUGUGAAGAUAGCAAAGUGAUGAUUAAAAAUAUGAUUGCAAACUUCCCAUCUUGUUGUGUCCUGGACUCAGAUGAUCAACCAGUGGCAUGGUUAUUAACAUAUGUUUCCUGUGCACUGGGAAUUCUGUACACGCUUCCUGAACACAGAGGAAAAGGCUAUGCAAAAGCACUGGUCACUGUUAUGUCCAAGAAACUUCACUCUCAGGGUUGUCCAGUGUACUGUUUCACAGAAGAAGAGAACCAGUUGUCCUACAGGCUCUUCACAAGCCUGGGUUUCACAGAGGAACCAGAUUUCAGAGCAGCCUGGUAUGUCUUCAAUGAUUUAUAAUUAGAUUUCCAUAAGAGCAACUUAAUUAAAUAGUUUAAUUUUAAUUAAGAAAUGCGCUAUAUCAGUGGUUCUCGAACUUUUUUCAUCAAGUACCACCUCAGAAAAGAAUUGUCUCUCCAAGUACCACCAAAAAGAGCAGUAUUGAAAUACAGUAGCGUAGUAGGCCCAGUAAAGCAGCUACAACUCUGCACAGUUAAAAAAAAAGUGGCAGAUUACCUCAGAAAUAUAGGCUAUAUGUCAUUUAUGGCAUAUUAUAUACAUCAUUUUUAAUAAAUUUUGAAAUGUGUGUAGCAUGUACAUGACAUAUUUCAUUUCUCUGCGUACCACUAGAAGGAAGCCUGCGUACCACUAGUGGUACACGUACCACAGUUUGAGAACCACUGCGCUAUAUGGUUAUGUGAAUGCUUUCCGAUGUGAAACUUUUAAAAAGGCCGCUGUCAACAACAAAAGUAAUUUAAGAAUAAAAUGUGUAAAACACAAA